CCUCUCCCUCUCUCUCCCUCUCUCUCUCCCGCCUUUGCUCUCAGCCCUCGGAAUAAUGCAACAGAGAUCCCGUCUCCCGAUCCGAUCGGCUGCUCUGGCGCUGGUGGCGGCUCUCUGCACUGUGGGCACUGUCCGGGCGGAUAACAAACAGUACGUGAACGAAUGGGCAGUGGAGGUCGUUGGAGGGCCGGAGUUGGCGAGAACAAUCGCCGAAGAACUGGGAUAUGAUUUUGUGGGUCAGAUUGGCGUACUUGAAGAUCACUACCUACUGAGACAUGGAAGUCAUCCAAGAAGAUCUCGAAGGAGUGCUGACGAUUUCACCAAACAAUUAUCUGAAGAUGACCGGGUUUCAUGGGCAGAACAGCAAUACGAAAAACAAAGGAGCAAACGAUAUCCCCGGAGACCGUGUAAAGAUUGCACUGCAGAAACAAUGUUUAAUGAUGUCAUGUGGAAUCAACAGUGGUAUUUGCAAGACACAAGGACAUCCUCAUUCCUUCCCAAACUGGAUCUUCAUGUUAUCCCAGUCUGGAAAAAGGGGAUAACAGGAAAAGGAAUUGUCCUCACUGUGCUCGAUGAUGGAUUAGAAUGGAACCAUACGGAUAUUCAAGCUAAUUAUGAUCCAGAAGCAAGUUUUGAUUUUAAUGACAAUGAUCCUGAUCCAUUUCCAAGAUAUGACCCAACCAAUGAAAACAGGCAUGGUACUAGGUGUGCAGGAGAAAUUGCAAUGCAAGCAAAUAACAAUAAAUGUGGUGUUGGAGUGGCCUACAAUUCAAAAGUUGGAGGGAUCAGAAUGCUGGAUGGCAUGGUAACAGACGCAAUCGAAGCCAGUUCAAUUGGGUUCAACCCACAGCAUGUUGAUAUUUAUAGUGCAAGCUGGGGUCCGAAUGACGAUGGGAAAACAGUGGAAGGCCCUGGCAGGCUUGCACAAAGGGCAUUUGAAUACGGCAUUCAGAAGGGGAGAGGAGGAAAAGGAUCUAUUUUUGUGUGGGCAUCUGGGAAUGGUGGCCGUCAUGGUGAUAAUUGUGACUGCGAUGGCUACACAGACAGUAUCUACACAGUCUCUAUAAGCAGUGCCUCACAGCAGGGACUAUCUCCAUGGUACGCAGAAAAGUGUUCCUCAACCCUGGCAACAGCUUACAGCAGUGGGGACUACACUGACCAGAGGAUUACAAGCGCUGAUCUUCACAAUGACUGCACUGAAACCCACACCGGCACCUCAGCCUCAGCUCCACUGGCUGCAGGGAUUAUCGCUCUCUGUCUGGAACAAAACCCAAAUCUAACCUGGAGGGAGUUGCAACACUUGAUUGUUUGGACCUCUGAAUACGAUCCACUGUGCAACAACGCAGGCUGGAAAAAGAAUGGUGCUUCUCUGAUGGUCAACAACAGAUUCGGGUUUGGACUGCUAAAUGCCAAGACACUGGUCGACAUGGCAGAUCCCAAAACCUGGAAGGGAGUGCCAGAAAAGAAGAAGUGCAUUGUUAAAGAUAAUACCUUUGAAUCCAGAGUUCUGAAAGCUGGGGGAGAGAUUAUUAUUGAAAUCCCCACUAAAGCUUGUGAAGGGCAGAACAAUCAUAUUAUGGCUUUGGAACAUGUCCAGCUGGAGGGAACCAUUGAAUAUACCCGAAGAGGAGAUCUUCAUAUCACUCUCACAUCUCCUUCAGGAACCAGCACUGUGCUCUUGGCUGAACGUGAAAGGGAUUCCUCGCCCAAUGGCUUUAAAAACUGGGCCUUUAUGUCAGUGCACACGUGGGGAGAGGAUCCAGCUGGCACAUGGGUUCUGAGGAUUACCGAUAUGUCUGGAAGAAAGCAAAAUAAAGGGAAAAUUAUUGAUUGGAAGCUGAUUUUGCAUGGUACCUCCACCAAGCCUGAACACAUGAGGACACCAAGAGUGUAUAGACCUUACAACGCUGUCCAGAAUGACAGGAGAGGUGUGGAGACGAAGGAAGACAAAAUAGAGAAAGAUGCUCCCGAGGACAGUAAGCCUGCAAAUCCUGACACACAAGGGGAUGUCAGUGAAGACAAUAAAAGCACAGAAAAUACCCAGGAGAAAGCUGUUCUUCGUCUUCUACAGAAAACAUUGGACCAACAAAGUAAUCACAAUAACCUUCAGCAACUUCUUCACAGCAGAGUACCCUAUGAAAAGUUGAAUGUAUCAAUUCAGAGUCUUCAUAGUGCCGAAAAAUUAAACAAAUACUCCCAGUUGAAAGACUUGGAGAACAGUCUAUAUAGUGAAUAUAAUGACCAGAUUUAUGGCACCAAACCUUACAAGCAUAGAGAUGAUAGAUUGCUUCAAGCUUUGUUAGAUAUGCUGGAAGAAAGUCAAUAAUUAUUAGUAUGUAGGCAAAAUUUUGUGUUAAUAAGUAGAGAGGUUGAUUGUUUUUGUCUCUGUGCCUCUGUGAUUUUGUGCAAAGAAGUAAACAAAUUUGACAGCAGACAAUCUUGGCAAAGAACUUAAAUUGUAUUUUCAUUAUUUAUUUAAAGACUAUGACUUCAGAAGACCCACUGAAUAUUGUUGAUUAAUUAGAGCCUGCUUUGUCUUUGAGGAGGAAAAUAGAUAGAACAUUUAAUAAUGUCUCUUUCAGGCUCUCUGCAAAAAACAUUGCACAGGUUGACCCAAUUAUAGGGUGGUCAUCUGGGUCUAAUAUCUCAGAUGCUCUAUUAAAAGAGAACAAGAAAAAGUGGCUGAUUUCUGACUCGUCUGGUCACCACCGCUACCU